UUUAGCUUUGCUCUCCAUACCUCCACCUGCAAGAUGCAUCCGACUCACUGCCUCCUCAUCCUGCUCGUCAGCCUCCCAGCCCUGCUGUGUAACAGAGCCGUGUGGCAGUUCAGGAGGAUGAUCCUGUGCACCGUCCCCGACAGCUGGCCGUUAAUGGACUACUCUGACUACGGCUGCUACUGUGGUCUGGGAGGCUCUGGCACACCUGUCGAUGAGCUUGACAGAUGCUGUCAGGUCCACGACCAGUGCUACACUGAUGCUAAGCAGCACGACGAUUGCUGGCCCAUCUUUGACAACCCCUACACUGAACUGUACAGCUACAGGUGUGACAAGGCCAGCAAGACCAUCACCUGCCUGAAUAACAACAAUCCCUGUGAAACGUUCAUCUGUGAGUGUGACAGGAAAGCAGCCAUGUGCUUCGCCGAGGCAGAUUACAAUGAAGGAAAUGAACACCUUCCCAGUGGGCGCUGCAAGUGAGCCGAGGGCAUCGGAGA